AUGCUUUCAGCAACAGCAACUGCAACAGCGACGACACAAUCAAAAUCAACACAAAAGUUGCUCCCUGCUGAUGUUCGUUGGUGUCUCGACAACAAAGACGACUUGUCGCUCGUAUCCUACGUAGAUCACUUUACUUUGGCCAGCAGACGUUAUGCCGUUCGACGCUACAAGCAUAUCAUUAAAAGGAACAUCCCAAAAGAGGAUCGGCGACGACUUUUAUCCGAGUUGAAGUUUUUCACGAAAACAGUGCGAUACUAUCAAUAUUGUCAAUCGACAACAUCAUCAUCUUCCAGCAGCAAUCACAUUACCACCGAUGAUGACGAUGACGAUGAAGGUGACGCUGUUGAUGUUGAUUUGACAACUGGAAGAUUCGCUACAAGACGCUUCAUCUGUGGAUGA